AUGGAAUCUACAUGCUUUGGUUCUGAUGUGGAAGUCUCACUAAAGCAAAAAUGUAAAUCUACUACAGAAGAAGAGAGAACAACCUCUAGUGGUGAAAAUGGUUGCUUUGAUUGUAAUAUUUGCUUGGAAUCAGCAAAUGAUCCCGUGGUUACACUUUGUGGUCAUCUCUAUUGCUGGCCAUGCAUAUAUAAAUGGCUUAAUGUCCAAAACUCUUCGGUUGAACCAGAUAAGCAGCCUGCAUGCCCUGUUUGUAAAGCUGUCAUCUCCCAUACUUCAUUAGUCCCUCUUUACGGCCGCGGAAAAUCAAAUUCAGAAACCGAUUCAAAUAAACUCCAGGUGGGUUUGGUUAUACCUCAUCGACCACCUCCGUACAACUUGAAUGCUAUGUUAACAUCUAAUCGCCCGUCAAAUUUGCAUCAUGGGGAGCAGCAACUCCAUCCGAAUUAUUUCCAGACACAGUCGCGGCCGAUCCAUUAUCAGCAUUACAUUCCUCACCUUUAUGAAGGUUAUGGUGGCAAUGCUUUACCUUAUCAUGGUGGUGCUGCUAGUGUUGUGAAUCCUGUGAUUGGUAUGUUUGGGGAUAUGGUGUUGACAAGGGUUUUUGGUGUCUCUGAUGCAAAUUUGUUUACUUACUUUCACAAUGGAAGUACCAGUCCUAGAAUGAGGAGGCAGGAGAUGCAGAUAGACAAGUCUUUAAACAGAGUUUCUAUCUUUCUUCUUUGUUGUUUCAUUUUGUGUCUUCUCUUGUUUUGA